AAGACCCUUAAAAAACAACUUUUUAUUCAUUAAAGGUCAGGAGGCAUCGGGUAAGUGACCAGAGGACCAAAAGUGUCUGAGAGUAUAAGAGCAUCUCCAAUGUUAUAAUGUGCACGGUGCACAUGUGGCAUGCGUCAUAGCCACAUAAAUAUUAGUAAAUAAAUAAUCUUUCUCCUUAUUUGAAUGAUUUUACACCAUUUUGGUAAGUUUUUCCCUGCAAUGUCAACAUCUAGACGGUCUCCUUGACAUUGUGGAGAAAAACUUACCAAAACUAUAUAAAAUCAUUCAAAUAAGGAGAGAAAGAAUUUAUUUACUAAUAUUUAUGUGGUUAUUUCUCAUGCCACGUGUGCACCGUGCACAUUUUACCAUUGGAGAUGCUCUAAUAGUCAUGCACCUAAAAUGAGACUUUUCAAAGAAGAGGACUAAGCAUGAGACUUAAGUAACAACUCUAACAAGAGAGUUUCUGCUGUUUAGGUCUAAAGAGGCGUAAAACCUAGUUCAGCACAUGGGGUGAGUAGUGAGUACGAAGGCGGCGGAGAUGAGUAGCGCCGCCCCAUUCCUUCCAAUAGAAAUCAUUGCCAACGUUCUCAAGCGGCUUCCGGAGAAAUCCCUAAUCCAAUUCCAAACUGUGUGCAAACUUUGGAAGAAUCUCAUCAAGAGCCCAUCUUUCAUCGCCAGCCACCUCGACCACUCCGACCGAGUAAAUCUCUCUCUUGUUUCCAGGGGUAGGCACACCACCAUCUCCGGUACCUCAUUCUAUAUUUUCUCGACCGCGACAUGCAACUCCGCCGAUUUCAGAACAAUCCUUUUAUCGAUUCGCUCAAGCACGCUAGCAUCGUCGGCUCCUCCAACGGCUUGCUCUGUGUUCUGACUGGGCUGCCUGGUACUUUACUGUCUAUUUACGUGUGUAAUCCUGCGAUUAGGGAGGUUAUAGAGAUGCCUAGAAGCCCAAGCAUGGAUUUACCUUAUAUUCCCUUUUUAGGCUUUGCAUUCAGUCCAACUGUUAAUGACUACAAAAUUGUCAUACCCUAUGUGCCGCGGGGUAACCACAAAUAUGCAUUUGAAGCUUAUUCAGUAACCACAAAUUCGUGGAAGAAUAUAGGAAUGGGUAGCUUAAAGGUCACAUCUCAUCCCUUUGGUUAUAUUACUUUUAAUGGGUCUAUGUUUUGGUUUACAUCAUAGAGAGGUUUGGCAUCUCAUGAAUGUACUGAGGUCAUACUUUCGUUGUGUUUAGCAAUGGACGAGUUUACAUUGAUUCCACUGCCUCCUUUGUCCAGGAAGGAUUUUGAGAAUAUACAAUGGUUGCGAUAUGUACAAAUAAUCAUGAAAAG